AUGAAUUAUUUCCCUUGCCCUAUUCAUAAUGGACAUGUCCUUUCUAUCAUCUGUACUGAUAAGUCUUGUAAUGAUACUAUCCUCAUUUGUCGUAUUUCUAUCAUAUUUUAUCUAAGCCCUUUGUGAACAUGCAGAUCAUCAAAAUCAUCAAACUUUGCCUCUCAAAAUUAUGUUACAAUUAGUUGAAACUGCACAAACUAAUACUAAUGAAUAAAAUAAUUAUAGCAUCUUAGAUGUUUCACUCUUUUUAGAUAGAUCACAUAAUGAAUGUUUACGAACUGUAUAUUCUCAUUAUUCUAUACUUCUAGGUUCAAAGAUUCAAUCAUGCACUUGAAAAUACCUCUAAAUAAUUAAUUAAAAAACUUGAUACCUACUAUUUGGAUCUUAAAAAUUAACUUAAAGCUUUUGCCAAUUCAAAGAUUCCUAUCCAUUAUCUUCUAGAUUCAGUCAAUAUCUAUACAGAUUUUCAAUAAUACAAAAAGAAUAUUUAGUAUUCAUUUAUUUUAUCUAGGUAAAUUUUAGAAUAAUUUGCUUUUGGUAAUGGAAUUGCUAGUAGGUAAAGUAUUGAUGCUGCAAUCAUGAAUGCAUGUAAAACUCAAAUUUCAUAAUUAAAUGAUCAAUUAAUUGAUUUGUAAAAUGAAUUCGAUGCAAAAGUUGACAAUUUAGGUAAUUUGUUUAGAGCACAACCAAUCACUUCUACUGUUGAUUUAGUACAAUCUAUUUCAUUUUAAUUUUCUUCACAAUUCAAAGGUGCCAAUAUUGCCAUUUCUGGAUAAAAUUUAAUUGCUGAGUAAAAGACUUCUGAAUCUAAUGGAUAAAGAUUUACUAUUUGUGAACCCUACAUUCCUAAAAAUGGAAUCUACAAAUUUGGUUUUAAAGUAAUUAAAUAUGCUGGUUGGAUUGGAAUUGGUGUUUGUCAUAGAGAAGUCAUUGUUAAUGCUAAUUAUAAAUUCAAUUAUACUAAUAUUGGUCAUGGGUAUUUUUAUUCUUUUAUAUAUAUAUUAGAUCCUAUCUCAUAUCUAAUAAUGCAUAUUCUUGGUCACAUUUAUAGAAGGAUCUAAAUUCUGCACAUAAAUCGUUUGAUUUUGGAGUUGGAGAUAUUAUCGUUAUAGAAGUUGAUAUUCCUAAAAAGAAAAUCACUUGGCAAAAGAAGAAAACUUAGAUUAAAUUUGUAAUUUCUUAUAUUAAUGUUCUAGACCAUGAAUUUAGAUACUAGUUAAGAUUUAUAUCCGUGUGCUAAUCUAUGUAGCCCAGGUGAUACGGUAGAAAUUAUAAAUAAGGUUGAAGCUUGAUAUAUCUAUGUUAAAUU